AUGGAACCUCUGCCUCAACAAGAGGCAUGCGAACUCUUUUGCAAGAAGGCAUUCAAGUUUGACUUUCAAGGGAUAUGUCCUAAAGAUUUGGAGGCAUUAUCUCAUAACAUUGUUAGAAGGUGUGGAGGAUUGCCAUUAGCAAUUGCGGCUGUUGGUAGACUUCUAGCAACCAAGGAAAAGGUGGUUCUCGAAUGGGAAAAGCUGAAUGAAGCUGGCUUGAAAGGAAUUCUUAGAACAUGUCGAGUUCAUGAUUUAGGGCGUGACAUCAUUCUUUCCAAUUCAAUGGAGUUGAGUUUCUGCCACAUUUCCAAGAAUUGCUCAUCUAUUGAAGGCAUAGCACGGCGACGACUCUCCAUAAGCAAAAGAGUGAUUAGUAACAUUUCGAGGAGCAGCAGCAGCACCAAGUCUCAAACUCGCUCUGUCAUGGUCUUCAAUGGAGUUGAUGUCCAGAAGCCUUUAAUCUCUGCAAUAUUUACAAAAUUUAAGCUUUUGACCAUGUUAGAUUUUGAAAGGUAUCCCAUAGAUCGCAUCCCCAAAGAACUGGGAAACUUGUUGCAUCAAAGGUACUCAAGCCUAAAGGAUGCUAAAGUGUCCAAACUCCCAAAAUCCAUCGUCUUUUCAGUCAAAAAGGAUGAGAUUCUUGAAGCGCAAACAAUGUCUUCUCCUCCUCCUCGCCUUCAAAGUCUAUACCUUCAUGGGAAAUCAGAAAGGUUUCCAUGUUGGAUUUCCAAACUGAACAAUCUAGUUACGUUGGGAUUAGUGUUUUCAAGAUUGAAUGAUGAUCCAGUUAAAGUCUUUCAAGCUUUGCCCAGUUUAAAAUCUCUUGGGCUCUUUUGUGGAUACGAUGAAGAGGAAGUGCAUUUUGAAGGAGGGUUUCUUAAGCUCAAGUGGCUCUCUCUUUCCGGAUUGAAUUCCAUUAUAAUAGAAAAAGGAGCGUUGCCCCUUCUUCAAGAGCUAGCUAUAGGAGCUUGCCCGCAACAGAGACAGGUGCCUUCAGGAAUCCAGCACUUGAAAGACCUCAAAGAAUUGUCAUUUGCAGGGAUACCAGAUGACUCCACCCAAAGAUUGUCAUGCAAUGGAGGGGAAGACCACUGGAUGGUCAAGAAUGUACCAUGUCUCCAAUACGACGGGAUUUAUGAUCCCACGAUGAAACAUCUUAUGCAGCAGAGGCCAAAAGAUAUUUUCCUUGAAGUUAUCAUGCUAAUAUAA